UGGUGAAAGAGUGCAACCCAAUUUGAGGCGGUCAACGGUUGCCGCCAUUAUUCACAUCUUUCAACAAACCAACAGAAUGCAACGUCUUCCACCCUCUGGGGGAAGAGGAAAGCUCCUCAAUAAUGAUCAAGAGCUUGCCAUUGUAGAAAUGGUUGUUGCAAAAAUGCAAUAAAACUGCAUGAAAUUAAAACUAGAAUUGUGGAGGACCAUGAGAUAUUUGGCAAUAUAGAAAGCAUCAGCCUCACAACCAUUACACGUACAUUGUCCAAACACAGAGUGCGGAUGAAGCAGCUCUACACUGUUCCCUUUGAGAGGAACAGUGAGAGAGUCAAGGAGCUACGACGACAAUAUGUCCAGAGAGUUAUGGAAUUGAAGGCCAACCAGGCCCCUCAUGAAUUCAUUUACAUAGAUGAGGCAGGAUUCAAUUUAUCCAUAAGGCGUCGACGUGGACGAAAUAUAAUUGGAAAAAGGGCCACAGUUGAUGUGCCAGGACAGAGAGGGGCAAACAUUACCAUGUGUGCAGCAAUGGCAAAUGCAGGAUUACUCCUUCACAGAUGUCAGGUUGGACCCUAUAAUACCGAGCGCCUCCUUGCCUUUCUCAAUGAUCUCCACCAGCGCCUGGUGCCAGAGCAGGAUCAGGAGGGUGAAAACAUGAGGACCUUUGUAAUUACCUGGGACAAUGUUGCUUUCCAUCAUUCGCAAGCAAUAACAGCAUGGUUUGAAGUCCACCCAAGACUGGUAAGUCUCUUCCUUCCACCCUAUUCACCUUUCCUCAACCAGUUCUUUUCUGCAUGGAGGUGGAAGGUUUAUGACCAUCAGCCACAUGACCAGAUGUCCCUCCUUGAAGCCAUGGAUGCUGGCUGCAGGGACAUCACAGUUCAAGAUUGGCAAGGGUGGAUCCGACAUACCAAGCGGUUUUAUCCCAGGUGCAUCGCCUUGGAUGAUAUCAGAUGUGAUGUUGACGAAAACAUGUGGCCGAACCAUGAAGAUCGCAGGGAUUAGAUACAUUAAUUUUGUGCUAUUUUUAGUUCCCCCCUUCUU